CCACUCAAGAGUCGCUCCUCCUCGACGCAAACCACCUCGUCUCCUGUCGCCCAUCUCCAAAACAUCCCGGCGCCGAGCGUUCUUGACCAUCUAUCUGGUCCUGCCCGCACCGCAACGAUGGUCCUCUGGAACACAGUGUGGCUCGUCGCCCUCGCUCUUCCCGCAGCCGUUCUCGGAACGCCGUUUCUGGCCUUGGCUGGGCAGCGCGAGGGCAGGCGCCAAAGUCUCCUUGCUACUGCGAGCACCAUCAGCUCUUUCGUCAGCAGCCCAUCCCAGUGGAUCUACCAGCCUCUCGACCAUUUCGAUCCUACCAACCGUCAGACUCUCCGCCAAAAGUAUUAUGUCAAUAACCAGUUUUACCAACCCGGUGGUCCCGUCUGGUUCUACAUCGGUGGCGAGUCGGCCCUCACUGCCGAAUUGGCCAUAUCUGCUCUGGACCUGCACUAUGUCAUGGCCCAGCAAACUAACGGCAUGAUUGUUGCGCUCGAACAUCGAUUCUAUGGCGACUCCAACCCUUACUAUGACUACUCGAUUGCAAACCUCAAGUACCUGUCCUCCGAACAGGCCAUCGAGGAUGCCGCUGCCUUUGCCAAGAACUUCACGGCAUCCAACAACCUCCCAGCCUGCACAAAGUGGAUCGCUGUCGGCGGCUCGUACGCCGGCAAUCUCGCUGCCUGGUCCCGCGAGCUGCACCCCGACGUAUUCUGGGCCGCCCACUCCUCCUCGGCUCCGCUCACCUCCAAGCUCGAUUUCUGGGAGUUUUCGUACGGCGUCCGCUUGGGCAUCCCCCUCAUCGACGGCGGCUCCCAAACCUGCGCCGACAAUCUUGUCCGGGUCACCAGUCUCUUUGACCAGGCCAUCCAGAAGGAUCCUAAUGCCACCCGCCAGUACCUUGGCUUUGGCGAUGUUCUUCUCAACGGCGAUAUUGCCGGCUUCCUUCCAGGCUCGUCGCUCGCUGGCUCUGUCCAGUACGGCCCCGUUGGCCAGUCCUUCAACGGCUCUGCGACGCAAAUCGACGCCGUCUGCUCCGGCAAGUUCUUCCCCUCAUUCGCAAAUCCCAACUCUACCAACGAAGAGCUCUGGACAGAUCUGAAAAAGUACAUGUUUGCCGUCCUGAAGAUCAACGGCGUCGCUCCCAACAACAAUAACGAUCUGGUCAACAUCCAGACUGGUGUUCUCCACAACCUCGCCAUUCCGGCCCGACUCUGGUACUGGCAACUGUGCACCGAGUUUGGAAACUUCCUGAACGCCGAGCAUGUCGAUGUCCCGAUUUACUCAAAGACCCUGAACCCAGACUAUCAGCAGCAGGUUUGCUCCAUCAUCUUUGACAACGCCCACUCUGUCCCCGACACCACCAAGACCAACGGCCUCUACAAGGCGACCGACAUCGGAACCGACCGUAUCGUCUUUGUCAAUGGCGCGAUCGAUCCCUGGCACUGGCUUGGUAUAUACAACAGAACCUCGACCGAGGCUCAGCCCGUCUUUUACCACGACCAGUUCCACUGCGACGACCUCUACAUUCCCCUUCCUAGCGACACCCCAACCCUCCGCCAAGUCAAGCUGGACAUUCAAGCGACCUGGCUCAGCAUCAUCAAAAACGACACUUGCCCCUCUGAAGUCAACAAACCAUACAAAUGUGUGCCCAUUCGUAACUAGCGAUGCAAUGCCGUCACGGAACCGCCGCGGGUGCACUUUGCAGUCAAUCUCGUUGGUCAUCAAAGUCGUUGUAUCGUUUCUCUGAUGCGAUCCCCCCCCCUGAAUCGAGCGUGUA